AUGCCAAGCUAUAACAAACUUCAUCUUCACAAUGUCAAGCUAUUACAUACUUCGUCUUCACAAUGUCAAGCUAUUACAAACUUCAUCUUCACAAUGUCAAGCUAUUACAUACUUCGUCUUCACAAUGUCAAGCUAUUACAUACUUCGUCUUCA